AAACCAUCUUCAACAAAAUAUUAUAACUUUUUACAUACAAAUGCAUGACUGUGCUCUGCUUUGAUGAUUGCAUAGCAGAUACUACACGUCAGUUUUUAAUUGGCACACUUCCUGUAAGCUGGGACUAGGAACCGUAAUGUCCCUGCGUUGAUAUUUAGGAGGAGGUACGAUACGUGGCUGAACGCCACUUCUGAAAUUUGCACCAGUGAGUUCAGUCACAUCCCAGAAGCCGACCGAGUCAGGGCGUGAUGUACAGCUGGGGAGACGGCUCGCGUGGGCAUCUCGGGCUUCGCCUGCAAGGCGCUGGCACAGCAGUGGCGGUGCCCCGAGAACUCGCUGACUUCCCCGAACAGGUGACACAAGUUGCCGCUGGAGAAUCCCAUACUCUGAUUCUCAGCAAUAGCGGGAAGAUCUGGACAUGCGGGCGCAACUCAUCGGGACAACUCGGAAGACGAAAAGGAACGAACAAUGUCCCAGUGGCAUUGGAUAGGCCAGAGAGCGCAGUGGGCGUGGCCAGCGGGCAGGAGCAUUGCCUAGCGCUGUGUAAGUCGGGGGAGGUGCUGGCGUGGGGGCGUGGCAGCGAAGGCCAGCUGGGGACCGGACGCUUCGAUAAACAGCUGAAGCCAAGGAUAAUACGUCUAACCAUGUCAUCAAGUAUGCCUACACCUGUAAUUCAAGUUGCAUGCGGAAAAUAUCAUUCCCUGGCUCUGACUAAGGAGGGUGAGAUGUUUUCUUGGGGAAGGAACAGCUAUGGACAGCUAGGCCUUGGCAAGGCUAUUUCCACGCAGGAUGUUCCCUCUCGGGUCCUCUCUCUUAUUGGAGUGCCAGUGAUCCAGGUUUGCGCAGGAGGAGAGCACAGCUUUGCCAUCUCCCUCUCUGGGGAGAUUUACUGCUGUGGAGCCAAUAAUGUUGGCCAACUGGGCCUCAACAGGGUGGAUGAAAAUGGAAGAUUCACUGUAUGUGCAGUUCCUGCUCUUAGAGCCCUUAGCGUGUGCAACAUAAGCUGUGGAGAAGCUCAUUCCGUGGUCCUCAGCAAGGAUGGUGAUGUGUUCACCUUUGGAGAGGGGAAGCAUGGCCAGCUUGGACACAACUCCAGGAAUAAUGAGCUGAGACCUAAGAAGGUGGAGGGCUUAGAGGGUCGUGCUAAACAGAUAGCAUGUGGCAGCCAUCAUACCCUGGUGCUCAUGGCAUCCGGGCACCUGCUGGCCUUCGGGAAUGGAUCGGUGGGCCAGCUGGGGACCGGGCGAACAGAGAACCAGCUACAGCCCACCCCCGUGCAAGAAACCUGGAGAUCCACUGGAGCGUCUGCAAAUACUGACAUGAAGAUAGCAGCGGGUUGGAAUGUAAGCUUCAUUUACUCCGCACCACCUCAGGAACCUGUUGAACAUAUUUUCGAGAAACUGCAGCGAUGGUUUCCACUGACGCCAGACAAUACUCAUCCUGGGAAUGUAGAAAGGGAUCCUGCCCUUAUCUUUUCAUCAAGUUCUGCUCUGGUCGCAAGUUUCCUUAGAGAGAGAGAACCUCCUUUGGGUGACCCAUCUUCUGUUGACCUACAUGCUGCCAGACGGGUCUUCGGCCAACUGCAGGGCAGAAGUUGGAUGGAUGCAGCUGCGAAAUUGGUCUCCGACCUUUUUCUCCAUUCAAAACACAUGAGAUCAGUGGAGAUCUUCCUCAUACUGCCUGAAUGUCAGCUGUUCCAGAACGACCAGAAUAUCAUUGACUUUAUCCAGCCAAUGGCCAGGUCCAUCAUCAAUUUACCUGAAUCGUCAAUCAAACGGCUGAGAACCCUGUGGUCCUCUUUGGAGCUGGAGUCAUUCAAGAAACACCUUGGCAUGUGGAAACAUGCUCUGUCCAUCCUGCUGAAGGCUAACCUGCUUCCUGUGUAUAAUACGUUUGUGAAAGACUUACUUCAGAUUCUGAAGGAAAUGCACAAAGCAAAUAAAAGCAGAAAAGCAUCUCAGACUGUUCCUGCUUCUGAAUUUCAUUUACUGGACCUGAAUCUCUUCCCUGUUUUGUUUGAGGACUUGGGUCUGUGGUAUCUUUGGAAGAACCAGGAGGAGACCCCAGAGACUCCAGCCAUAUUCUGCCGCUUUCCAUUUGUUCUGGACCUUCAGAGAAAGACCUUUGUCUUUCAGUCGGCUGCAACCAUGAUUAAGCAAAUCCUGAUGUUCCAGAUGUGGCCCAUUGUGACGCCACCACUGUGUCUCCCGCUCCGCCGCUUUGCACUCAUCGAGGACACAUUCCAGAAACUCAGCACCAUCGACCACGAGAACUUCAAGAAGGAUCUUGCGGUCAGGUUUGUGGAGAGGGAAAAUUCAGAGCUGACGCUUCUCGACCGAAAGGACUUCUUCCUUCAGAUUUUCAAGGAGCUGUUUUUGCCGGAAUCUGGAAUGUUCUGGACCAAUGAUUCAGGAACGUUGGUGUGGUUCCCUGUGAAGCCCACGCAACCAAUGAAAAGGUACUUCCUGUUUGGGGUCUUGUGUGGACUAGCUGUACACAACAACAACACUGUGCACCUACCAUUUCCCCAAGUUCUAUUCAAAAAGCUGUUAAAUGCAAAACCCACAUUGGAGGACUUGAGAGAACUCAGCCCUGAACUUGGAAAUACUUUGAAGAACAUCUUGGAGGACAGAGAUGAUGUUGCAGCCAUGGACCUGACCUACUCAGUGAGCUGGGAUGGUGUAACUGUGGAACUGGAUCCCACUGAAAAAGACAAACCUGUCACCAAUGCCAACAAAUAUGAUUUUGUCAGGGCCUAUGUUGAUCACAUCCUAAACAAAUCAGUGGAGACGAUCUUUGGGGAGGUCAAGAGAGGCUUCUUCACGGUUUGUGACGUGGACUUGGUGGAGCUCUUCCAGCCUCACGAACUGAUGGAGCUGAUGGUGGGGAACGAGGAAUAUGACUGGGAGAAAUUCAGACAGAACUCAAUAUAUGAGGGAGCGUACCAGUCAAACCACCCCUACAUAAAAAUGUUCUGGGAGGUGUUUGAGGAGCUGUCAGAAGAUGAGAAAAGGACCUUCUUCUUAUUUCUGACGGGAUCUAAGCGAGUACCUAUCCUGGGGAUGGACCAGGUAAUAAUGAGGGUUCAGUGCCGCCCUGAGUGGACUGAGGACCACUCCGCAGAGGCCCUUACGUGCCACAACCUUCUGUAUCUGCCCAUCUAUCCUACGAAGGAGAUGCUGAAGACCAAGCUCAUUCAUGCCAUCACACACAACAAGGACUUCUGGAUGGAUGAGUUUAAGGCAGCUCAGCCUUAAUUGCGCCUCCGUGGGCUUCACUCAACUUCACUUAAAGUUUCAUUCACUUUCCAAGCACAUCGUUUCCCCCAGGAUUUGCUCCUUAGAUCAGUGUUUCUCAACCUGAUCCUCGGAGACCCCCAGCGGUCCAUGUUUUUACUCCCUCCCAGCUCCCUGCCAGACAGUCCAAAAUGUUGGUCCUUCUGGGAGGGAGCAAAAACGUGGACUGUCUGGGAAUCCUCAAGAACCAGUUGGAGAAGCAUUGCAUUAUAUCUAUCUAUUUACUCGAGGUAUUAAUUCACAGAGACUUACAGUUAUUCAUAUGUAUAUACAAUCACAUUAACUGCAUAUAUAAAAAUCAACACAGAAUCACAUCAAUAAAACAAACAUAAUAGAUAUGUGUUCGUCUAAUUCCAAGGUAGUAUAGAUAUAUAUACAAUACAGUAAUGUUAAUUAGUUGUAUAAGAACCAGAAAUAUUACACACUAGUUUAAUUUCAUUUUAUUUAGUUUGUUGUUUGUUUAGUUUGUUCAUACUGAAAAAUUCCUUCUAAAAACCAGUAGACAUUAAUUAUUCAAAUGCGUGUCUGUAGAUCUUCUAUAGUGACAAAAUAUUAAUCUGCAAUUAUAAUGGUGAAUAAAUAUUGGU